AUGAAAUCAUAAAGCUAUGCUCCAAAGCCAGACUUCUUUUCAUUGGAAUAACAAGCUCCAUCAUUACCAGAUGAUGGUAUAUCUCAUGAUAGCAAAUUAUCCUUAGAUUUUGUAUAUGAAAUAACUCUAAAGGUUCGUUAUGAUAAAUUUGGAAAUUUAAUUGAUAAAAAGAAAAGACAUUAAUAAGUAUCCUUUAGAGAUAGAAUAGAAAAGACAUAAAAAUUAUAUGAUUUAAUUAUAUUUGAUCGAUUUAAAUAUGAAUUAAUAUAGAAACAGAAUUAAAAAUAAAUAGAAACCUAAAAUUUAUGUUGCUAAAUUUAAUGA